GUUUAUUGUCUUGUUGUCACGGGUGGCCUGGCGCUUUCUGAGGCCAGCGUUGGACCGCGAUGGCUCGCUGCAUCUAUUGGAUUACGUGAGGGAUUUGAUGCAAGGAUUAGGCCAUUGGGCUGGAGACAGCAUGGGGGCUGCGUGAGCUUUUGCAUCACAGGGUUGUGUUAGGGUGCAUCUGUGUGUGUUUGAGUGGGAGGGCGGUGUGUGUGAAAGUGUGUUUGUGCGUAGCAGAGGCCACGGUGUGCAGCAGCUUGUCUCACUUGGCUCCCUCCAGAUCUUUGGCACGGACCUUCAAACAUGAACCUGUUCUGCUUCACACUGGAAGGCUCCACAGAAAGCAUAUAUGAACCAGCCUGCAGCCAAACACUCAAGUACCAGUGCAGCCCUGCUCUUCUGAGGCGUAAGCUUGAGUGGGGCGGCUCCGAUCCAUCCAUCACCUCAAAGGACCGACCUCAGAGUACAAUAAAAGUAAAAAGUAAUAAUAGAAGGUCAUGUGUGCCAACAUCACCCUUGGACAAUGAAACGCUAGACAAAGACAUUCAUCAUGCCUGCUGGAUGUCAUCAGGUGACAAGGAGGACCUAUCUCAUCAACUCAAAGUCCAGAACAGAGAGGUGUGUAAAGCUGCCUCUCAGAGCAACGUGGUGACAAGCGAUGACAGAGUGAAGGAGCUGAACACUGGCAGGACACAGACACAUCCACCAGUUCAGGGCAGUGAAACCACAGCUGACAUAGCAGAAUCAGUACACACCACAGGAAGACUGAAGAAGUUACAGAGUCUGGUGCAAACAAAGAAGGGACAUCAGAGUGGUGCUGCAAAAAGGAGGAGCACAUCAGAGAAUAAUGAUAAUCUCACAAAUGUAUUGAGUAACAACAACCCAGUGCUAACAUGCAUGGGCCUGGGGACGAGAACAGAGAAGAAACCGUCUAAAAACGCUCCUUCAGCACAGCAGCUGCAACAACAGACCAAAGAUGUUCAUGAAGAUUCAGAAGAGGAAGCUGUUUGGAGCCCACGGCUUGGAAAUUAUCUGUGGAGCCCAUUUGAGUGUCCACAGGCUGGAACUCCCUUUUACCACACCUGUCACCAACCUCGACAUGAACUCUGGGUGUGCGGCGGCACCUUGUCGCUGCCCCGGACAACAGAAUGGGAUCGUUUUGAGAGUUUGAUACAGGAACUGGACAGCAAACAGUCUGAUCUGUCUCCUCCACAACCACCUCGCUCCAUCACAGAUCUUCAGUUCUCACAAAACACCUUGACCAGAUUUGGGAGAUUUGACGCCUUCAGACAACACUCGCCUUUAAUGAAACCAGAGGAUAAUGGAAGCUCUUUGGAAAAGCAGGAGCAGAAUGGUGACCUGACCAUACUGAGGCUGCAGAGACAGAAGAAAACCUCAUUGCACAGUGACAAAAAGCUCCCCAAAGCCACUCCAGAGAAAACGUUGACCGCCAUCAUCAGUGGAAAAACACAGAAAUAUGGAGCGGAGAAAAGAGAAGUUGGUGGUGGCGGACCAUUUGUUAAAGGACACAGGAAGUCCCGUAACUCUCUGGAGAGUGUCUGCAGCUUCAACAGUGGACAAAGCUCCUCAAGUGGAGUCACCAGUGGGUCAGACUGCUCCAGUAAUAGGAACAGUCUGAGGCUGGAGGAUGAUCUUUUCUACACAAGACAAUUCUGUGGCAGAGCCAGAGUCCAUACAGACUUUGUGCCAAGUCCAUAUGACACUGAAUCUCUCAAACUAAAGGUGGGAGAUGUGAUUGACAUUAUCGCCAAGCCCCCCAUGGGCAUAUGGACUGGUGUGCUGAACGGCAGAAUGGGAAAUUUCAAGUUCAUUUACGUGGAUGUGCUAACAGAGAAGUGUACAGGUACACAUGAGGAACCACAAAUCCACAGCGUGAGACAGCGAUCAACAGUCCAGGAAGUGUUAAAGCGCCUCAGUUUGGAGGAGUAUUCCUCCUCUCUGCAACAGAACGGUUACCAAACAGUAGAUGACUUGAUGAUGCUGAGGGAGCACCACCUGACAGAGCUGAAUGUGACUGAUCCAGAGCACAGGCAUCGUCUGCUUGCCGCUGUCGACUCCCUGCAGCAACUGCGCUCUGAUAGUCAGGUGGACAGUGAGGCCAAUCAGGAGGCCAAGACACUCGGUGAGAACAUGAAGGCAGAUAUGAACAAUUGCCCAAGAGACUCCGGCUGCCACAUGCCAUCUGACAGCUCUGACAACAGCACAGAGGACACAGACCUUCACUUAGUCUCUGAAUACCCUCUACCAGCUGAGCGGACAGCUUGAUGAGAAUAAACUAUUUGUUAUAAUGCCUGUUUUAUUCCUUAUGUUACUGCUGACAUGACUUGUGAAUCAAAAGCAUACAUUUAAUUUCUUGCAACAGUAUAAUUUCCAAUUAUGUAAUUAAUAAAACACCCACACUGAGCCUUUUCCACCGCUGUUCUCCAACUCCACUACAGGAUGUGUUUCUAAAUUUUUGUUCAUUUGUUUCCUGAAAUAAAAUAUUUUAUGAAUCUG